GUGUGUGUGUGUGUAAGUUUGGGUUUGGGUUUGGGUGUGUGCGGGCGUGUGUGCGAGUUUGACUUUUCGUGGUGUCCACAGUGAACCGGGUACUUCAUAAUUACAGUUGCUUCUAUUUAAAUUUCUCUGGCGGUGCGCCUCAGCAAAAGCAGGAAUAGCAACAGCAAACAGGAGGGAAAUAGCACGACAAUUGUAAUUUGGCGUCGGUAUACGGAACGUAUUCGUAACGUGCUCUACAUUGGCAGCAUAUAUGGCAUAUACUUAAUAGUCCAACAGGAAGCCACAGAAAAUACUCCCGCUGAAUGCCAACAUGAUUGACGUGUGCCUAAAGCCAAUGAGUGACUGUGAAGGAGCAAGUGCGAUUAGUGAACGUGCUCAACGCAGAUCGUCAGUGGCCAAAUGAUAAGGCAACCAGACAGCAGCCAGCUGAAGGAAUCACAGUAAAAGCGCGAGAGAAUUGAAAACAAAAGAAACAAGUCUCAAAUGUCGCUGCUGACAACCGUCAGAUUGUUUUCAACGACAUUGCUGCUGUUUAUGCUGCUGUUGCCAGUGGCAACAUUGUUAAGAAGUCAACAACAAGAACAGCAACAACAACCAUAUGCUCGCCAUAGGCGCGAGAACCAUGCGGAUCAGAAAUUCUCGCUGCCAGCGGUGCCGCUGCCACCUCCGCCGCCCUUCCCGGCGGCAAAGCAUAACUUUGCCCUUAAUGCAUUUGCCAUUGGCGAGCAUGCAGUCGGCUCCAGCUCCAGCUACAGCUCCAUCUCCAGUCCUGGUUCCAGUUCCAGUUCCUCCUCAUCGGGCUGUGGUGGUCUAUUUAAUUCACGCUAUGGCCUAAUUCAAACACCAAAUUUCCCACAUCGUUUCGCCACGCCCAUCGAAUGCGUUUGGAUAAUCGACGCCUCCGAGCUACCAGCUGCUCAGGGAAAUAUCUCGAUUGUGGUCUACCUGACGCAGCUCUAUGUGCUGGGCGGGCUCAAGUUCACCGAGUACAUGUACUACUCGGAUGACUUCAAGGUGCCCGCCCAUCGCGUCUUCGCCCUCAACGAGGACGACGUGACGCAGGUCACCUGGUUGCAGUUCAACAGCCAGUAUCUGGAGAUACGCUUCACCAUGUCCACGCUGGAUGGCACACAUCUGCGGGCUCUCGACCGUCUGCUCGACGUCUACGGCUUCAAUAUCACAUACGAGGUGACGCACGAGGUGAAGACCACACAGUGCAAUACUCUGCAAUGUCGCUUCCUUGGCGAUUGCUAUGCCAGUGCGGAUUAUAGCUCUUAUGGUUGCGCCUGUUUCGCCGGCUUCAGUGGCACGGAUUGUGGGCAUGGUCCCCUCUGCACGGAUGCGCACACAAAUAUUUGCCAAAAUGGUGGCACAUGCAAGCACAUUGGCGAUGCGGCAAUAACCUGCCACUGUACAACGGGCUACAAAGGCACCAAAUGUGAAAUUCCCGAAAUAAUCGAGUCAACCCAGGGAUGCAUUGGAAAUGCCAGUGCAAGUAAUUGCCAUCGUGCAUGCGAAUUCGACAACAACAACGGCAAUUUUGGUUCCAGUUCCAUUCUCAGCGGCAGUUCCGGCUAUUUCAACGUGAGAAGCAAUCGAAAUGCGGCACGUAGUGGCAAGACGCGCUACGAGGUGACCAUGCGACUGGGUGCCAAUCUCACCGGAUACUAUCGCAAUUCGGAGCGUGAACAGUUGGCUGGCGUCAUGGAACGACAGUUGACACGCGUCUUACGCAACUUCAAUAUAACAAAAAUAAGCGAUCUGGAAUUAAUUUCCAAUACCACCGAUCGCUUGGAUAUAACAUUUCAUUUCUUUGGCAUCAAAGGCGAUUCGCAGCGCAUUCGGGAGGCCAUCACUCGAAUGGUGGAACGUGGACGUAUUGGAAACUUUACACUUGUCUCAAAUUUUCAUCAUUUUGACGAGAACCCACCGCUAAAUAUGUUGGACCUGAGCGUCAAUCAACCGCAUGCAGCGGUACGCGAGGACAGCGAAUUCAUCAUAUCCUGCACCGCCCAGGGCUCAUCACGCAUGCAGUUCCAGUGGUUCAAAGAUGGCGCCGCUGUAAACGCCACCAAGGCAACGAGAGAAAUCUGGACGACUGUGCUGCCACCGGAAACAAAAGAUGUCUACACGGCCAUUUUGGGCGUAACCAAAGCGAGUCGCAUUGAUGAGGGUGUCUACAGUUGUAAGGUCACCGAUUGGGGCGUGGAGCAGUGUCGCUCCCUGCACAUCCACAUCAAAUCGCCACCACGUUUACGCGUGGAUCCGGCGAGCGUGACGCUGCAACGCGGGGAUUCUCUGCGAGUGCGGUGUCUCUCGCCGGGCAACGAUGAUAUCAAGCGAUAUGCCCAGCUGGGCUAUAGUUGGACGCGGAAUGGGGUGCUCUUUCAGUCGGAUGCAGCGACAGCCAUGUGGGAGGAUCUCUAUCCAGAUGGCAGCAUUCUAAAGAUCAACAACAUUCAAAAGUCUGCAGAGUAUGCCUGCCUCGUGUCCAACAGUGUGCGUCCCGUCUCCAAGAGUGUCUACAUCAAUGUCAUCGAACGCAACGCCAUCCACGUUUGCACAUCCGAGUCCAGCUAUGGCGUCCACUGGCCCACCAGUGCACCCGGCUCACCAAUCAUCACUGACUGCCCCCGUGGCUUUGAGGGUCACUCGCGACGCAUCUGCGAGCAGCGGGAUGCAGGCAACUCCAGCUGGCUGCUGCCCGACUUCUCGAGCUGUGUGCGCGAUGAACUGUUGCUCAUCUACAACAGAUUCCGGGCACUCAGUGCAGGGUUUCAGCAGACCAACUCGUCGAAUAUACUAAAAGCUUGCUUUGAGUACACGCUCCAGCGACGCCAUAGCUUUCUGCCGGGCGAAGCGAGCUUCCUCAUAGACAUGCUGCACGAGCUCGACACCUAUUUGCAACUGAAAGGCACACAAUUGGAGCGUGAAAUGGCUGCCGAGAUAAUACUGCGCAUUCUAGAUAAAGUCAUGCAGAAUGCGCAAUCUUUGAACAGUCAACAGCAAAUUAAAAAGUUGCAGCUUUUAACGCAAUCUGCGGCGCUGAACCGCGAGACAAUUGCGGCUUCGCAAUUGGCCACAUCGACAGGCAGCAGCAGUGGCAGCCAAGCGACAUCCUCGGCAGCGGCUGCUGACAGUUCGACAACUUUGACCACACAGGACAGAAGCAGCAGCAGCAGCAGAGGCAGUAACGGCGGCAGCAGUGGCAGAGGUAAUGGAAAUGGAAAUGAAAAUAGCGAGGCAGGCAUCGCUAUCGGCGGCGCUGCAGGUAAAUUGCAGGCCAAUCGAGUCAGUGGCAUGACCAUUGGAGACGCUGGCGGUGGUGCAGGGACGGGUGGUGCUGGUGCCGCAAGUAUUUUGACAGUCGAUGAGGACACAUUGUCGCUGGAUCGCCUCAAUUCACUGCGCAUUUAUAUGACCUCAGUGAAAACUUUGCCCUUCAAUUUACGCAUUUAUGGCGACGACUUAUUUUCGGAUCAACUUUAUAUGGACAUUGGACUGUCCACUCGUCUGCUGCAUAUCAUGGCCAAUUCGACAAUAUUCGCUUCUGUGAUCUCCUAUAAGAAUCUGAAAAGUUUUCUGCCAAAAACUUACUACACGCGUGGCAGUGAUCCCAAGGACUCGGACUAUGUGCUUGCCUCACGCAUUAUACAAACCUGGUUGUUUCAAUCGAACCGCUCGAAUGACAACUUUCGAGAGCCUCUUGAUCUGUCCUUUGAGGCCGGCCAUGUGGAGAUCAUCUUCCAGCAUGAAAGUGUACCAAAAUCUGGUGACUGGGUAGCCGUCUGUGGUCAUGACUACAAAGCUUCCUUUGACUCGACAUGGCGCUCGGAUCUGUGCAUCACAAAGCAUCUCAUGGAAAACAUAACUCGAUGCAUUUGUCCACUUUCCGGCACCUAUGUGGUCAUGCUGACCAAGAGGCAGCUGCAUUCCACGCAGUCGCAUGCCUCACAGCGGCCAAUUUUUGUGAUCGUCAGCUGCGCGUGCUGCCUCCUCCAAUGCUGCUCCGCUUUCCUCAUCCUACUGCCCAUCUGGUGCAACCGCAAGUGUGCCGUGACCUUCCUCAAGAUGCAGUUCUGCAUUUCCACGUCGAGUGUGAUGCUCAUCUACUUGCUGGGUUUCAUGAAAAUGCUGCCAACGAACUGGCAUGCCAUAAUCAGCAGCACACUGGCAUCGCUCCUUCUGCUGUGCAUCUCCACGCUGAUUGCCGUUGCGUUGGUGAUACACACGGAACUGGUGCCGAAGAAGUAUCUGCAAAUCGCUGCCAAGCCCGCCACGCCAACCAAGCCGAAUAAACGCCGCGAAAGUCUAAGUAACAUUACGCAAAUCACAUCCCAGUCCCCCGAGACGACAGCCGUGAGGAGCGGCGGAAGGGGCAACCGGAAUCCAACGCCGGCCAACCACUCCAACAACUGCAGCAGCUCACGCUCCUUAGCCCUUCAGAGCGGCUCAGCGGGUAUACGCGGAGCCAUUGGCAUUAGUUGGCUGCUGCCGCUGCUGUUUGCGAUUGCUGCGCCUCUCAUCUGCAGCAUCAUUGGCAAGUGGCCGCGUCACUGGUGGCUGGAAUUACUCACCACCCGACUUCCGUUGGAUGCCGCCAGCGAUUCGAGCAGCGCCAGCAGCGGCAGCGAUACGGAUGAAAUGGAGUCCACAGAGUACGAUGCUGGUAUUUACUAUGCAACGCACACGCUACUCAAUGGCGAUAAUUUACUGCUCGAAUCGGAGGCGCUGCUGGGCAAUGCAACGGCCAGGCGGCGGCCGGCGCUAACUCAAACCUCAUCAAUGAGCAGCACCAGCAAUAAUGUGGCCACAUCAGCAACAUCAAUCACAGACAGCAGCAGCAAUAGUAGCUCCUCUUCGAACUCUUCGGCUGCUGUGACAGCUGCGGCCUUAACUUGGCCGCAACAACAGCAGCAGGAGCAGCAGCUGGCUGGCGCUUGGAAUCGUCGCGCAUCUGCCUCUGGACAUGCUCGGGCAGAGGCAUUCACAUCCGGCUUGGGCGGGACGUCGACGGCGACGUCAACAGCGACGCCCUCGCUGAGUUUCAUCCUGUUCGUUUGCAUUGAUCUGCUUUUCAUUCUGCUCUUCUUUGUGCUGUUUGUCAUUUUAAUGAAAAAACUUUUGUGGCUGUGGCACAAGAAUCGAAAUGUGCACGCACAUCCGCUGGACAAAUUCAAUAUGGCGCUGCGCAGACGACUUGGAUUACUUUAUCGGACAGGCGGUUUGCUGCUCAUAAAACUCUGCAGCGAUGGAUGCUUCAUAAUCUUCGUUAAUUCCACGCCGGAUACUUUGUGGGCAUAUCCGUUUGGCAUAUCGUGCAUAAUAUUGGGCUUUGGCAUACUGUUUUGUUUUGUGAUUAAGGCCGAGAGCCAGCUGCGUGGACCACCCUUCCUGAGUAGCAAUGGCAGCAGUCAGAGCAGCUCGCUGAAGCAAACCAAAUUCAAUACGAGCAAAACUAGCCUGGAUGAGAACUACUGCACGACGACAACGGCCAGCAUCAAUAGUCCACUGAGCUUCUAUACCAAUCAUGACAAGGAGAAGGAGAGCGAAUGCAUGGCAACAUCAGCAGUAGCAGCAACUGGAGCAGGCGCAGGGGUAACUGGGGUAAUCUCUACGGGGUCUGCACCGCUGCAACAGAAGCAAGGACUCGAACUGUCAGCGGCAACUGGAACAGGAGCAGGAACAGGAAUCGGUGGGGGAGUGCAGCUGCCGUUGACAAUCAUCUCGACGGCGCCACGAUGCCAAGCUGCCGUUGUCAGUACAGCAGAAACGCUACUAAGUGGACAUCCGCAUCCACAUCAACAUCAGCAGAUGCCGCUGACUGUGGCAGCCUCGCCAGCCACACGCUGCUGUGCACUGCUCAGCGGCGGCAAUGCGGAGGCAGCCAGUGCACUGGGUUAUGCCUACGAUGCGUACACGAUGGGUGGGUUGACGGGCAGUCUGGGCAGGCGUAUGCUGCACCACCCACAGGCAGCCACACAUUAUGAUGAAUUUGUCGGCGUGGAGACACUGGACAUACUGCAGGGUCUGGCGGCAGACAGCAUCAUUGGCAUACGCACCACCAGCCAUGCUGCCACGCCCCAUUAUGUGCCGCUGCAGCAUAAUCCGUAUGUGGAUUUUGUGCCCAGUCCGCUGGUGCUGAGCCUGCCACAGGGACCCCAGCUGCCACCACCACCCACCAUUAGCGGCAAUCUAAGUGGUGCGCUGACUGGUGGUGUCUUAUCGAGUGCCACGUUGCCAACGCCCAAGACGCAGAAGCGUGUGACCAUAAUGGAGCCAACGUCACGCACCACCUUCGAUCCACUGCUGCCUACUAUGGUGGCUGCUGUCGUCUCCACCACAACCACGGCCACCACAACGAUCUCUGGGACGCCGUCGACGCAGAGUGAGGGAGUUGACAGCAGCAGCAAUAAUGCAACCCUGGAUCGCAUCACCCACGAUCUUGACUAUUUGCUCAAUCGGGGUAGUAUCGAUGUGGAUGCAACGGCGGCGUCACCAGCACAACCACCACCACCUGCUGUGGUAAGCAAGAAAUGUGAAGAUUCCCAGCUGAGCAGCAAGCUGUAAGGACCCUGAGUAAACUAGAUAACGGAGUAUACAAUACUUUGGAUUCCUAUUGAUAAGCAGUGACAUUCAGUAAGGGUACUCACUGUCUGAUGCUUGGGCAUUUGAUGGUGCAUAAAAAACAGAAUAGUGUACAUAUUUAUAUCUCCAAAUAAAUAUAUGUAACUCCCAUCUUGUAAAUAAUUACUUGCUAAAAACUAAUAUGUAAUAUUUAACUGAUUUACUAUUGCAAUUU